AUGCGUGUCGUGAUACAGAGGGUCAGUCAGGCCUCUGUCGUAGUGGAGAAUAAACUAAUCUCAAGCAUUAAGACUGGUUAUAUGCUUCUGGUCGGUAUCUCCACAGAGGAUACAAUAGCAGAUAUCGAGAAAUCGGUCAGAAAGGUCUCAGGUUUGCGCUUAUUCCCAGACGACAGUAAUGCUCAGUGGAAGAGGAGUAUUAAAGACAUCGGCGGAGAGGUGCUUUCGAUUUCGCAAUUUACGCUGAUAGCGCGCACGAAGAAGGGCACAAGGCCCGAUUUCCACGAGGCUCAGAAGGGGCAUUUAGCUCUAGAGAUGUAUGACCGUUUCUUGGACCUUUUGCGCCAGGAACUUGGAGAGAAGCAAGUUCAAGAUGGUGAAUUCGGUGCUAUGAUGAGCUGCUCACUCACGAACGAGGGCCCAGUUACAAUCAUCUACGAUACCAAAGAAUGA